GUUUUGAACAAAAUGUCAAUAAAAGCGCUCAAAAUCUAACUCUUUUGAUGUCUUCAGACAAAUAAUGACCGCAACUCUUAUCUUAACCAUCAAUUGAUCACUACUUAGAGGACAUAUAGACUGUGGCCAUAAUGUCUGCCAAUGAGUUCAACAUUCAUAACGAUGUCAACCAAUUGAUGAAACUAUUGGAGAUCGAGGAGAGCGUCAUCGAUGGCGUGACCGCCGACUCUAUCGCCGAGGCUUUGGCCAAAAGUGUGGACCAGAAGUCGAAAACUCGCGGCGCGAAAGACACGUUUGUCCGCAGUCUGGAGGCGAAGAGCGAUCCCGACUUCCGCAACAAAUACGAAGACUUGAAGAUUCAUAAUGUCAUAGAAUUGGAUCCAUUGGUCCAUCUCUUAGCCCGUGUUCACGACGAGAACAAAAUCAAGUUUUUAUUGAAAUUACAGACCAAAUCCAAGAGAUCGAAGCACAGGUCACCAACUGAUCAAACAGAUGCCAUAUCGCCAUCACAUCCAUCGACUUCUUCGGGCGAUCGCCACCCGUUUUACUCAACAAUGAAUCAGCGAAUGUCCGCUUUGGAUGUCAACGAAUUAAGGGAUGAAUUGUCUGACAAUCGGAAUGUAUUCACAAAAGCGAAUAAAGAGUUGUCCGCUAAGAAGAAGGAUAAGCGUAAGUCUUCCGACUGGAAAUUCCUGACAUUUGAUUAUCAAUUCAAUGAUUGGUCACAAGAGGAGACAAUAAGGCCUUUAAACACACUGUCAGUCGCCGAACAGGAGUCCGCUCUUAUCGAAGACCUGCUUUUUGUAUUGAUUGGAAUUGAAGGCAAAUAUAUACGUUUGCAACCCUUGAAAGACAAACCCAAUAAACACGACAUUAUUGUCGAUAAAACUGGUGACGAACUGCUCUACACUCUGGCCGCUCGCGUAACCGCAUUGUGUCCAUACUUUUCGCAAAUCAUUCACUUCAUUGACACCAUUGAUACCGGUUUAGUGAAUCAGUCACUCGUGGCAGCGAUGAGGGCGCAGAUCAAAGACUUUUUCACGUUAAUCAGUCAACUCGAGACUCAACACCGAAAGAAUGAUCUGACGCUCCAGAAGAUGUGGUAUUAUCUUCAGCCGAGUUUCACAAACUUAGCUAUACUUAAAGACAUCGCCAGUAAAGUGUCAAAGAGCAAUUCGAUCGGUGGCGCGGCUCUCAGUAUUCUUCACGAAAAGACCAUAUCAUUGACCGGUAAUACAAAGGCUCAGGAGUUUUGUUUGGCGCUAACAAAGAAAGCGAGUGAACCAUACUUUGAAAUACUCGAGACUUGGAUUUAUGAGGGAAUUAUAGACGACCCGUACAAAGAGUUCUUAGUGGAGGACAGAGCCAACGAAAGCGAUGAAAUAGUUCUCGACGAUCUGUUUUGGGAGAAUCGUUACGAAGUGGUCAGAUCUCGAAUCCCCGUAUUCUUUGAACGCCAUUCAGAUAUGAUUAUGAAAACCGGGAAAUACUUAAGUGUUAUCCGAAACUGUGGCCGAAAGAUAUCGCGACCGCAUUCUCCCGAACCCCUCGCCUAUACCACUGAAGAAAGAGCUUAUAUCGAGAACAUUGAGAGCGCCUAUAAGUUUGCGUCUAAAGAAUUGCUGCAUCUGUUAGUCGACGAAUCGGAUUUGAUUGGAAGACUCAAAUCAAUUAAACAUUACUUUUUCAUGGAUUUGGGAGACUUUAUCGUACAGUUCAUGGAUUUGGCGGGCGAUGAGCUCGAGAAGGAGAUCGACGACAUCGCUCUAAACAGAUUAGAUUCAUUAUUAGAGUUGUCUCUCCGCACAAGUCUUAUGAAUUCAGACGUUUAUAAAGACGACGUUCGCAUAGAGUUAUUGCCCGAUUCAUUGCACUCACAAAUGGUGCAAAUUCUUAAUAUUGGCGUCAAUUGCAUCAAAGACCCGAACCUAUCGAUAGCAGAGCCAUAUGUAUUGAAAGGCGCCGAAGCUCUUGCACUGGACUUCCAAGUUCCGUGGCCUCUGUCUCUUAUCAUUAGCCGCAAAAACAUUACUUGUUAUCAAAUGCUAUUCCGACACUUGUUUUACUGCAAAUACGUUGAGAGACAGUUAGAGGAGGUGUGGAAAGGGAACAAAAUCGCCAAACGUUACACAUUGAAUGCGGUCACCGGUUAUGGACAGGCAUUCGCUUUGCGCCAAAAAAUGUUGAAUUUUGUUCAAAACCUCGAGUACUAUAUAAUGCUGGAAGUGAUUGAACCGACGUUUCACCAGUUCUUAGAGUACGUCCAGACGAAGGUGUCGAGUGUCGACGAUAUGAUGAAAUCGCACGAAGACUACAUCCAGAAGUGUUUGCGCGACGCUAUGCUUACAUCUGGCGAACUGUUGAGAGCUAUCGUUCAGUUACUCAGACUUUGU